AUGGAACUUCGUCGCUCUCGUCGAUCGCGAACAUCUCUGGAAGAAGUCCCGGAUCAAGAAGCUAAUAUGGGUGACAGAUCUAAGAGACUCACUCGUGCCUCAGCAGCUGCAACUCCAGCAUCAGUGACUGUCUCCCGACAUUCUGAGGACCCACCUGGAAAGCCCAGCAGAACUCUUCGUCUAACUGUAAAAAUGCCCGCUGGAAAACUGCGCGAGGCUACCGCUGGCCGUUCAGGUCGCCGCUCAGUCAAUGUCUUCCAAGAAAAUCCUAUUGUAACGGGACCACGAGCCAGUCGCAACAAGAGGAAGAUUGUGGAAGUCCCCACGUCUGAUGAUGAUGACGAUGACGACCUCGAAGACCAAGAAGAAGAUGAAGUCGAUGACGAGGAUGCUCCUGGUGAAGAAGAUGAAGAUGAGAACGCCGAUGCUGACGGCGACAUUGACAUGGAUGACAUCCCACCUCAGCCGCCAGUAAGGCGGGCCGCCAAAGCAGCUGCCACACGUGGAAAGGCCGCCAAGAGCGUGGAAGCGAAGGAAAUGGAACUGGAAGAAGAGGAGGACGAGGAAGAGGAAGAGGAAGAGGAGGAAGAGGAUGAGGAGGAAGAGGAAGAGAACGUCUCCGACUCUGACUCCGAUGCUGAGGGUGAACCCGACGACCAGGAUGAGAGUGCUGUCCCAGACAUUAAUGUUGAUGACCUCGAUGAAGAGGAUGAAGAAGAUGAGCUGGACGAAGACCUGGAUAGCGAUGCGAUGGCCAUGAACAAUGGCAAGACGACCAAGCGCCAACGUGGAAACCUUGGCAAUGAUUUCCUGCAGCUUCCAAUGGAACCCCAAGUCAAGAAGCACCUGACUGCUGAGGAGCGUGCUAUGCGACGGGCCGAAAUGGCCCGACGACGAAAGAACCUGAGCGAGAAGCGCAACGAGGAAGAAAAGAUGGACACUAUCAAUCGCCUGCUAAAUAAACAACCGCCCAAGCGCCGUGGUAGACAAGCGGCUGCCGAUGGCGCGGACAUCACGCCUGCCGACCAAGGGCCCGCAGAGCCGGCGAAGGCUGAUCCAACUAUGGUCCGCUGGGUUAGCAACCAGAACGGCUGCAAGGUCAGUGUGCCCGAAGAAUGGCUCGGCACGCCAGCUGGCCGGCUAUUCGGUGCACCCCUCGCAUCUGGAAGUGGGAAGACCGUGGAAGAACUCUAA